AUGGGCCCUCUCCCCUCGACUUCACGCAUCGGGUGCAGUAGGCUUUGGACGUCUGCCAUUCUUCGCCCACGCCCUCUGUCGACGAGCCUCAAUUAUUCCAUGAUAGCUGCAAGCCCAGGGCGGCCAGAACAAUUCACCGUCGUCGCUACAGGCCACCUCGACCUCGGCCACGGCAACCAAGAAACGCGACUGCAAUCCCGUCGCACCUCGAAUCAGGGUGUCCUGACACAUUCUUCACAUCGCAUAACUACUCCACGAUCCUACUUUCAUAAUCAAGACGCGGCUGCAACACUGGCUUAUUUUGCCUCCAAAUUGGCGGCCGUUGUGUCCUUUGCGAUGGCUGAGCCCGGUCGGCUCAUGGGCCAAACCACCAGCAACCCCGGGCCCGAGGACAUGGACGCGGAUGGAGAGUAUGAGAUGGAUCAUGUUGAGUACGGCCAGGCUCAUGCCGAAGAAGAAGGAGAAGAACACCACCACCACCACACAGAUGCAGAAGGCCAUACAACAGAUGCAGAAGGCUCGGACAUAGAUGCUGAGGGGGAAGAAGUAGACGAGGACGAGGAUGAAGCUGAACCUGUAGGCGCCGUCAAGAUAGCCCAACGGAGGACCCACUCAUCGGAUGGAGAGGUGGAAUACGAAGACGACGAUGCGCCUGGAGAGCUCUUGUCCGACGCACCUAGCCACGAGAGUGAUGAUGACGAUUCGAGCAGCGCCGAGUCCGAGGAAGAAAAUCAAUGGCAAGCCGAAGACGACGGUGGUGAGGAAGACGAAGUUGCAAAGUCCAACCCAAAUGCCUGCACAUACUGUAAUCAAGACGAAAAUGACGACCCCAGCCCUGAAUUUGAAGAGUAUCUUGCGUGCGUUGUGUGUGGAGACAAUGCACACCAGCAAUGCGCACGUGACAAUCACACGCUGGGUCCCGACGACGAUGCAAAACAGUGGCGCUGCACUGCCUGUAUUCAGAAUGACCUCCAUGCAAACGGCGAUGCCGAGCAGGAGCCAGAGCAGCCUUAUACGCGUCGCCGACUAUCCUCCGGUAACAAGCUAACCAAAGAACUGCUGCCUUCAUAUCGCGGUGUGGAUCCGGGUGGUCAUUCAAUAUUCAAAGAGCUGUUGCUCCCAGACGAACCUACCGACGGACCACGAUCGCUGCGCAAGCGCAAAAACUCACACGAGGAAGAACCUCUACCGCUGAGACAGACUAGGAAGAAGCGACGGUCCUCUGAACUCUCCCCUUCGGCAGUGCAGCCCUCAGUCGCUGCCUCAUCACCUCGGCCAUCCUCAAGAGGUGUGCGCGCUGCUAAUAGUACCAUGAACGGCCACGAGAGCGAAAGCAAAGAGGAUGCAGCACACUCGGGCUCUGAUCAAGAGGGUGCUCGACUUCGAUCAUCGCGUGCUCGCCGCGGUCAACCUAAGAGGAGCGACAAGCGGCCACUGGCGUGGAUAGAAGAACAGCAGGGGCUGAGUCUGAUCAUGGCCUUUCAUCUCAACAACGAGAAAGUCCAGAAAAUUGUAACUGCAAAGCCCAGGAAGAAAACCCUCACAGUCGAGCAAGAGCGGCAAGAGCGGCGACGAGAGAGGGACCGAGAGCGUCGAGAACGCAAUCGCCGAGCGGCACAGGCAGCGAGAGAAUCACCAGAAAUCUCACAUUAUCCCGCCAUACAGGUACAGGCCUCACCCUUCCAUGGCUUCAUCGACCGCGAGCCCGACGAGACGAAGAGCAAGCCUUAUGGAGGCGUGCUCUCAGAAGCAGACGCCGACACCUCAAAAACCUAUCCUUCCCAAAGCGAUCGAAGACGGUUCGAAGAUGCACGCACCAAGGCCGAGGAAGCCUGGAUUGAGAAGCAGGCUGCGCUCUAUCCUCCAGAGCCAUCACGCCCGUCCAAGCAAGCGGCUACUGCGAGCAAAAUCAAAUGUGUUAAUUUUGGUGGAUGGGAAAUCGAUACAUGGCACGCGGCACCCUACCCGGAGGAGUACAGCAAGAACAGAGUGCUCUACAUUUGUGAAUUCUGCCUAAAGUACAUGAACUCUGACUAUGUAGCGUGGCGACACAAGCUCAAAUGCCCUGCAAAGCACCCUCCAGGCGACGAAAUCUACCGCGACCGCAAGUACUCCUUCUUCGAAGUCGAUGGACGAAAGAAUCCCGUCUACUGCCAGAAUCUCUGUCUCCUCGCUAAACUCUUCCUCGGCUCCAAGACGCUGUACUACGAUGUGGAGCCCUUUCUUUUCUAUGUGAUGACGGAGAAUGACGAGUACGGCUGCCAUUUUGUAGGCUACUUCUCCAAGGAAAAGCGACCCAGUUCCCUCAACAACGUCUCCUGUAUCCUUGUGCUUCCUAUACAUAUGCGCAAGGGCUACGGGCAGUAUCUCAUUGAGUUCUCCUACCUGCUCACCCGUGUGGAGAAGAAGACGGGCAGUCCUGAGAAGCCACUCAGUGACAUGGGCCUCGUCAGUUAUCGCAAGUACUGGCGCCUGGUUCUGUGUGAAGAGCUGCUGGCUCAGCAUGGGAACGUGAGCAACAUUAGCAUUUCGAGCCUCUCCGAGCGUACUGGCAUGACACCGGAUGACAUUGUGUCUGCUCUGGAAGGCAUGCGAGCCCUUGUUCGUGACCCUGUCACCAAGAGCUAUGCGUUCCGGUUGGACAUUCCCUACUUCAAGCAAUACAUUGAGAAAUGUAAUGCCGCUGGCAACCAGAAAAUCAACCCGGACUGCCUGGUCUGGACGCCCUAUGUCAUGGGUCGGCUCGGCCAAUACGAAGACGGUCCUGCCCUCCAGACUGUCCAACAGCGCGACGAAGUCGAAGAGCAAGACAAGCCGGCCCCAGAGGAAGGCGUCCAAAUAGCCUCAACCGCCAAAUCCAAAGGAAAAGAAAAGGCUAGAUCCAACAACACAGACCACACCUCCCCGACCCCUCCUACCCUCUCACUCGAAACCUCCCUCAACGGUGCCGCCACACCGCCAGCCCCAAACACCCCCUUGGCAAAUGGCUCCACAAUCGCCCUUGCAGGCAGCUCCCACACCCCAACCAGCAACGACCCCGCCCUCGCCAUCCCCCCCUCCCGCUACGAAAUCUUCCCCCCGAUCCCAGGCCAACCCGCACCAAGGCGUCGACCAGGCCGGCCCUUUGGCUCCCGCCGCCGCACAACAAGCACACCGAAUCGGGUGCGCGGGACGCCGUCACUGGCUGGGACUGGGGCUGGCCAUCAGACUGUGCAGCCCGUGUCGCGCAUCCGACUUACGCCUAGGGGUGGAGCUGGGAAUAAUGCAAAUGGCAAUGGCAAGGCGUCACCCACAAUGGGGACGCGGAAUGCGCCUCUUGCAGCUGCAGGGACGCCCGUGAGAGGCUCGUUACGCAGGACGAGGAGUCGGCUGGGUGAAAGCGUGACAAAUGGGGAGGAGGCUGGUGCUGGUGCUGCUGGUGCUGGUGCUGGGGACGAAGGCGGUGCGGUCAAAGCGCCUGGGGCCGGUUUCGCGAGUGCGGCUGGUGCGGCUGCAGGGCGGCGAAGUAUGAGGAGCAGUGCCAGUUCGUUGGGGAGUCCGAGGGAUAGAGCGAGAGUCAGUGUCGUGAUUGGCAAGGCGAGGGGUGCGGGUGCGGGUACGGGUAUUGAAAAAGGAAAUACCCGCGCUGCUGCUGCUAUGACGGCAACUGCGCAUACUAAUAACAAUCAUCAUAUCGGCAACCAUGUCCCAUCAAACGAACACCACGACCACGACCACGACCACGACCACAACCGCGACGGCGAGCCCGAGGACGAUGAAGACGAUGAUGUCGAUGCAGAGUACGAUGAGGAGGAAGAUGAUCACUUUCCUGCACACUCGCACUCUCAAACUCAAAAUCAACAUCUCGCCCACGCCCACGCUCACAACGCACUCGAUACCCAUGCACACGCAGAUGAGGACGAGGACGACGAUAUGGAUAUCGAUGCUGAAGGCGAGGAGGACGAUGAUGUUGUUAUGGCUGGGUAG